AUGUCGACGCGGGACGCGUCGAAGGAGAUGCACCAGCAAGAACUUGGUAAUCACGCCGUGAUGCCCGUCGGCGAGCGCUCUACAACACGUCCCCAGCCGCGUCUCGGUUCGGGCAGCGACUUCGACGAUCGGAUGAGCCUUGAGGUUGAUGCACUCAGACAUCGGGCGAUGAUUGCAACCACUACGACGUGCUCCGUCAAAUCGGCCGCACCUCCGCGACUUCGACGGUCCGCAGCUGCUCAUGGACAAAACCCUUGGCUGGCGUCAUCUGGGUCCGUCUCAGUGCCGGUUGCGAUGACAUCUAGGCGACCGUUGGGCACGGCGCGGGCCUCGACGACUCCCGAGCAAUCGCGUUACGACGCACGAGUGCGACCGGUCACACUCGACGCGCUCAAGCAACUCGACCCGGGGCGAACGUUCGACAUUCGCUUACGUUCCAGCCGGGAUGCACCGCGCCUGUGGGUCACGCGCAGCAAAACGUGGGUUACAACCAUAUUUAAGAGUAAGAUCGAGCGACAAACAUACCUGCGGGUGACCAACCUCACGGACGAGACAAUAACGCUCGACGCAGGCAUGACAGUGGGCUGGUGGACACCCUCCGAUGUGUUUCCGCCUGCGCCCCGCUUCUUACUGGCGACUAAUCGACAUUACCAAGAUUGGCAGAACCUGGAGUAUGAAGUGACCGGGGACGAUGACGAAACCUGGCGGGAUGAUGAACUCGUCUGGCCCAUGUAUGGAUGGCCGACGGACGAAGAUCUGGAAUCGACGCGCGUCAGGGUGAGCAAGAGGAGGAAGAUCUCACCGAAGUACGGCCCCUCGACGUGGUUGCGCGAGAUGACGACGGAAAUAACCGUCGUGAGGACGACGUGCGUACGGUCGGACCAAGGGUCGCGGAGAGGCGACUAUGCGGGACGCCCAGAUGAAGCGCCUGGAACUGAACAACAGGUCGACGAUUCGUUGGACGAGGUGGUGCGAGGCGUGCAAUUCUAUGGGAGCUCGCGGCAAUGGGGCGAGAUGCGACAGCCGGACGAAGAAGGGUCGCACGUUGAGAAAUCCAGUCGCGACGAGUCGCAGAAGUGCGACAGCGUGAGACGGGUGAGAUGGAACGUCGUGGAACAGUCGGAUGAACUGUCCCAGAAAUGCGACACCGUGAGACGGAGGGAAUGCGACACCGUGCGACAGCCGGGCGAAGGGGCGCAGAGACGCGACGACCUGAGGCUGGCCGAAUGCGACACUGGGAGACGAUCAGAUGCGAAGUCUCAGAAGUGCGACAGUAUGCGACCUGCGGAAAAAGGUGGAGGAUUGCAUCGUUGGAGUCAUUCCGCCGUCGAAAGCGUGAAGAACAAGUCGAAUUCGACCUUCGACGUUGUCAACGAGGAGCUUGACGAUUGCUGGACUGGACAACCGGCGCAGUCAGCGGAGGAAGGGCAUCGCAUCGUUAACCUCGAGCUAUUAUGCGGCCUCAAGAGGCAUGAAGGCGCCAGGUUUGCGGUCUACCGAGGCGACGUAUGCGAUGCGUCGAGGGAAGCGGCGCGAUCCACCGUCGCCAAGACCGAAUGCCAUGGCGUGCCGCCCGAAGGGUUGCUGAUCGAGGUACCAGGUGCCACUCGACGGAUGCACAGUGGAGUCGAUGAACCUGCCGCCCGUAAGACGGUGGACGAGGGGUCUGCAGCUAUAUUGACUUCAGACCCGGGAUGCACUACAAACCCCGUGUUGUUAAGACACACCUCGAGGCAGGGCCGUGGGGCCCGACGCGCUGACUGGACGCGUACUCAGGUAGGCGACGCGGCGGAAACCUCAUCGCAGACCUGGUACGCGAAGGCACAGCACCGCCGAGAGGUCACCGGGGAGCCGGAUCCUGAGGAACGCGGUCAACGCCCCGCGACGGCCGGUUGCGCUGACGCGAUGCACAGGACGAUGGACGGUGCCGACUCGGCGAAGACUCAGAAGUUCCACGUUGCACGACGGACAGUCGCGCUGACGCGAGACGCGGGACAAGGAUGCCAGGAGUUCCACGUUGCACGACGGACAGUCGCGCUGAGACGAGACGCGGGACGAGGGACGCCAGCGGAUCGCUCGCGAGAAGAUAUCCGACCCCGGACGUUAGAUCCAGAAACCGCGUCGCCUGCUAAUCUCGUCGCGGAGGAUUGCGACGCGAAAAAACUCGACGUGGAAAAUCUCGACGCGAAACGCGACGCGAAAAAUCGCGACGAGGAAAACUGCGACGAGGACAACCCUGUCGCAAACGUGCCGGAAUUAGGCCCGCCGACGCCGGAUAACAUGGAUUUGGGGCGCGGGACCGCACACGUCCUCGCGGUGACGAUGCGCUCGGCUUCUGCGCACGCAACGAACCCCAGAGACAGAGCUCCAGAUGUCCUACAAGAGCUGGCUGCUCAGCACCCAUCGAGCUUGGCCAAGACCCCUCCCAGAGCGGCUAAAUGCGCCGAAAGUCAUGGCCCGGGGCAUUUUACGGGGCGCGGCGCGCUAAACGAAGACGCGUCGUGCGGAUCUGGUGAUGUGUUCAAGUUUUUGGGUGACGUAUGGGUCGCGACGAGAAACACGUUACGCGACGACACGAAGUCAAAACGCCUAGGGUUACGCGUUCGACAGAACCGCCGACUCGCGCAGGUGAACGCGCUAGAAGUCGACCAAGAUGUAGACGUCCCAGAUCGGACUCGGGGCGACGUCGCGACGACGGACACGGCUGAAGUCAAUUUGCCAAUACGAUCGAUUGCGGAGUCAGCGCACAACCUCAUCGGUUCCUACGAAGCCGGCUACAGCCGGGUCUACCGCUAUAUUGUAGCUGAUGCAGAGGCUACUCAAGAGGCUGCAGAAGAAGCGCUCCUCAUGGUGUGGCUACACCGGAGACUACAGAAGAAGCGGUAG